UUCACUUUUGUUUUGCAGACGAAUCUGAACAUGGCAACUAUUGACGGUUUGUUUGAACAAAUAAUUCACUCGGAAAAAGUUGCACACCAAAGAAAGACAUUGCUUCAAGAAUUGCGUCAAGAUGUUUUUACAGCACAGGAGAAAGGGAAAGAACUGGAGAAAAGGUUUUCUGAACUAAGGGAAAUACUAAAAGCUAAGUUGGAUGAAUUGAGCAGACACGACCUAACUGUGAAAUGGCUGAGCAGCCAGGAGCAGAUAUACAGGGACCAGAAACAGGAACUGACUGAACAGCUGCAGACACUCAGGGAGGCAGAGAGAGAGCAUGUUACAACAUAUGAGAGAGACAGACUGUCAUGGUGUGAGAAGAUGUCAGGUCUGGCAGAGCGGUACGGCCUAAGUGGGGCGGGCAGGGAGACCAGACAUACAGAACAAAGACAGCAGCUGCACCAGCUCAUGGAGGAGAUGGGGGCCCUUCAGGCUGAACUGCAAGCCUAUAAAGAAAAGGAGGCAGUCGUUGUCAAGUGUAGAGAAGAGAGGGACAGUGUGAGAACCAAGCUGGAAAAACUGCAGGAGGAUAACAAAAAGUUGGCGAGUAGUCUGUGUACAGAACUACAGAUGACCGAAGACCUGGAGGCUGAGUGUCAGUCCAUCUCAGACCAUCUGAACACUGACCAGCAGUUUAUCAGCCUACAACAACAGUUAGAUGAAGAGAAACAUCGCUCCACAGUUCUCGGCUCUGAAGGGACCCAACUACAGUCAGAACUAAACCAGCUACACCAGCAACUCUGGCAGCACCAGCUCAAGCAACGACAGCAACAGAUGCUUCAGCAGAAACAGCAACAGCAGCAGCAGUGGAAACAUGAACAUAACAGGAAGGUGCACAGUGGUAAACAACACCCCAACACAACGUCAAAUGGAUCUGCUCAAGUCUCUCGUGUAACCCAGUAUGGGUCAAGUUGCGUUGAAAUCAAUAAUGAAGUGUUCUCAGACUCUGACGACCUUCUUGAUUCUCAAGGUCACCUUACCGAAGGUCAACUGCAGGUCACAAGAAACAAUGGUGACUAUAUACAUAGUUUGAACAGUAAUGUUUCUGGAAACUGUGAAGUGGAAUCGCUGGAUGACCCAAUGCUAGCAGAAAGUGGCCAUUGUGAUGAGGCUGGUAGCAAAGGUCAAGGUCAGACAUCUGGGAUUGACGGUUUUAAGGAUGGACUUGAGAAAGAUGAAACUACAGAAACUACAAAAAGAAGAAUAUUUCGCUCGUUUAGAAAGUUGUGAUAGUUUAUUACAACAAAAACAGUUCAAAACAGUUAUAGCACUGUUACAAUGACUCUGCUAUACUUAUAUUUAAAAUUGGAAGUUGAAUUUUUUUGCCUGUUUUCAUUUGUUAUGAAUGUUCAAGAUAAUGUUAAUCAAUUUAUUAUUAAUCCCCCGCCACGGAGUGGGGAGGGGAUUAUAGGAAUGCACUUCAUCCGUCUGUCAGUCUGUCUGUCUGUCUGUCUGUCCGUCGGGCUGUAACAUUUCGUGUCUGUGCUAUAACUUACUUAUGCAUUGAUGGAUUACCAUAUUACUUGGUACAAAUGUUGUCCUCAUUGAGACAAUGUGCAGUGACCUUGACUCGGGUCCAUACCUCAAAGGUCAAUACCACACGAGACACUUUAAGGUCAGAGUACACAUUCUCUUGUCCAUGCUAUAACUUACUUAUGUAUUGAUGGAUUACCAUAUUACUUUAUCGAAAAUACUUAAGGCUUGCUAUUUCAUCGAUGUUAUAAAUCAAGGACUCAUUUUCCUUCUUUUUUUAGCCAAAAUAACCUUAACAUUGAUCUGACCUACACUACACACAAUAUGAAUAACUUUAACAAAUAUCCUUUUAUAAUAUGUUCAUAUAUCCAAGAAUAUUUAGGUUACCGAUCAAACAACUUGUAUUUUCUAUAUUCCCACUCUUGACCAGUGGUUGUGUACAAUUUUUGUCAGAUUCAACGUACCAGUACCAGUCAGGUUGCAAUAAAACCCAUAAUAUACUAAAAAACAAUGGCGGGGGAUAUGGCCCUCCUUUGGACUGCCUUGUUACAAUCUAAAAUAAUAAUUGAAAUAAUAAAUAAUCUUAUUUUUAAAAUCUACUUUUCUUGCACUUUUCUAUGGCAACAAUUGUAUCACAGUUAUGCAUAUAUUUUUAAUGGUCUGAUAGACACAGGAUAAACACAGGAUAUUUACAUAUUGGUAGAUACUCUUUUUUUGGGGGGGGGGGACUGAAUUGUUUACAAUUUAUACCAAAAGAGAAUAUAAGAAAUACUUAUGAUUUAUCAUGUUUGAAAAGUGAUCAAAACUGUUGUUAUUGAUAAAACAUCAUCAAAUGUUCAAAAUAAAGCCUCUAUUUAAAUAAUUAUUGUUAAAAAUAUGACACAAACUGCUAUAUAUAUAUAUAUAAAAAAAUAUAUUGAUGAAAAACUGUUAGUAAUGCUUUUAAAUAUUCAAUCAUUAAAGGCUUGAAUAUACAAAAUUCUAUUCUGAGGCUUUUUGCCUUUAUUCAUUGAAGUGAGUCAAAUAACUCUAUUUCAACAAAGUUUGAAAAAAUCACUAUAGGAAGUACCUUAAAAAUGAUAAAAUGACUUCGAAAAACAAUUUCAAAAGGUACCGUAGCCCCUUUACCCUGCCUGCUAUGUGCAUUAUGGAAUACUCCCACUUAAACAGAACCUUGGCUAUGUUUUAGGAUUGACAUUUUAUUAUACUCAGCAGUCAGAACCACUGUUACAUAUAUAUAAACUUAUAUGAUGAGAUUUAUCUCUAUAUAAGAUCAUAAAGUGUGAAUGUCAGCAAAAGUGAAAAACUUCAUAAAUUAUAGUUUAAGUUCAAAAACCUCAUAAAUUAUGUUCAGUUCAAAGUGUAGUUAUAAAGGUCAAUAAUUUUUACUUUGAAUCAAAGAAGGAAGCUCAUGGUUCACUUUCUAUGAAUGGUAGCACACUAAAUUGAAAUACAAUCAGAUUUUAUAUUUAAACAUCCGACACUUAGCUAUAGCAAGUUUCACAUAUUUAUUACCGUAUCAUACCCAACAACAGUUUUCCCUCAUUUGAAUCUGAAAACAUUUUCCUUAUUAAGAUAUGUUAUAAUGUAUUUUUCUUUCUUUUUUACGGACGAUAAGGUCUCUGUUUUCAUUUUUCAAUGCAAGUUGUCAGGCGUAAACUCAAUUUAAAUAGUUUGGGGAUUUUAGGGGAAUAUAUAGAAGGACAGUAUCAUUGUGGUAAACUAGCCUUUCCAAUUACCUCAAAUUCUUUAGAAGAAUUAAUAUCGCAUCCUUGCAUUCUUACUACCUGAAUUCAUUUCUUCUCCUUGAUAUUUAUGAAUCAUGAAACAUAUAUUGUUUUUUGACAAGUAGAAGAAAUCAUCAGCUUGUUAUUUUGAGAUCUCUAGUUGAAGUGGCACAAUAUAGGUUACACUUGAUAAAUAACAAUAUUAUUUUGAUGCAUUAUUAUGUUUAACUAAUUUGGACUUAAACAAUCGAAACAAAAAAACCCAUCUGAUUUGUUUAUAGAUAUAUAAGAUAUUGGCAACAUUUCGCCACUUUUUUUUAAAAAUGGGGAAGUUGUGGCCACGUUACAGCUAUUAUUUAAAAAAAUAACAUUUAUAAAGGCUUAUGUAUUCAUAUGCAUUUACACAAAUCAUAUGCUUUUAUGUUUUGUUCAUUAAAGACAAAUGAGUUAAACUUAAUAAUGCACUAAAAUUAAUACAUUUCUUUUGUGGACAUAUCAAUUGUAAACCUUUAUUGUGUCCCUAAAGCUGCUCCCUCACAAAUUGACCGUUUUAACAACUUUUUAUUUUUUAUUUUUAGCUCGACUAUUCGAAGAAUAAGGAGAGCUAUCCUAGUCACCUGAGCGUCGGUGUAACCACUCAUGUUAAAGUUUGCGUACCACCUCAAAUAUUUUCAUUGACAUUAUAAUGGCUUUGAAACUUUGCACACUUGUUCACUAUCAUGCCUCCAGCCUGUACACAGGAGGAGGUAACUCUAUCAAGCAUUUUGACAAAAUAAUGCCCCUUUUUCUACUUAAAAAUUUACGUUAAAGUUUGCGUACCACCUCAAAUAUUUUCAAACUCCAUUGACAUCUGGCUUUGAAACUUUGCACGCUUGUUCACCAUCAUGCCCCCAAUCUGUACACAGGAGGAGGUAACUCUAUCAAACAUUUUGACAAAAUUAUGCCCCUUUUUCGACUUAGAAUUUACGUUAAAGUUUGUGUACCACCUCAAAUAUUUUCAAACUCCAUUGACAUCUGGCUUUGAAACUUCGCACGCUUGUUCACCAUCAUGACCCGAGCCUGUACACAGGUGGAGGUAACUCAAUCAAGCAUUUUGACAAAAUUAUGCCCCUUUUUCGACUUAGAAUUUAUGUUAAAGUUUGUGUACCACCUCAAAUAUUUCCAUUCAAUUUAUGUUAAUAUAUCAGCACAUCAUGUAUUGCAUUGAAAUCUAAUCUAACAGUGAUCCAUGCAUGUUUCGCCAAAACUUUUCAAUCCAUACACUGAAAAGCGGCGGAUUAGUCGCGCGCGCUUUCUCUGUGACAGCUCUUGUUUGGUUGUCUUGGAAUGAGCUAAUAUUUGUGUAAAUAUCUGGAAAUCAGUGAUAUAAGAAAGCUCACAUACAAUAAGCUCUCCGUUUUCAUAUUUAUGUUCGAAAAUUGUUAUUUUAUGGCUAAAAGUGGUACUUAACACUUCCAAGAAAAUUUAAAUUUUUGGUUGUUUUUCAAACAAUUGAAUUCUGUUAUUUUAUAUUGUAUAAUCUUAUUUGACUGAACUGAAAUCAUUGAUGCCAAAGUCAGCUGCUUCUAUGGCAAAAACUGAAAAAAGGUCAAAACAGUCAAUCUAUGAGAGUGCAGCUUUAAGGUUUCCUUUGUACAAUUGACUGAAUUUUGGUUCCUGGUCUUUGUUUGGAAUGGCUAAUUAAGUAGAGCAAGAAUAAGUGAAUCUGAUACCAAUAUAGAUAUAUCAAAAAUGCUAUUUUUUGCCUUGAAAGAUGGCAAAAUUAUUUCACAUCUGAAUUGAGUUGAUGUUAAGAGCAGAAAACAAAAUGUGAUUUCUAAUGUAAUCAUAUCCUUAGAAGGCCAGUAGAAUGUUUGUUUGACAUUUUUGGCCUUGAAAGAUGGUAAGAUAUGUCAUUUCACAUCCGAUUUCAGUAGCUGUUGAAGUGAAAAACAAAUACAUGAAAUGAGAUAAAAUUUUCUGUAUUGUAUAUUCGGUCAUUUAUUAUAUAUUUUAGUAUUCAGUAUGCAUUAUUCAUUGACAAGGCAAUAAAAUUUAACAUCAUGGCUAGUGGUUUUAUAAGGUGGCAAGCUUAUUUGUAUAAAAAAAUCACAUUUAAAUGCGUUGUAAUAGAUACU